CCCCCCUCUACGGUGGAGCCGGAGCUAAUAAAUACCCAACCGCUAACAGCGUUAUCAACUCGCAGCAUCCAGCUCCAGGGGCCAGAAUUGAAUCUUGCACGCUCGAGCAAACAGCCUGCUCUCGUACCGCGCUAAUCAACCAUGACGAUCGUACGGUACUAUUCCGCCGGUGCACUGUCUGCCGCAAAAACAAACGCGUUGCUGGAAUCGCUGAAAGCGGUCAACCCGCGCGUUCAAACGCUGCAGACGGAGAAAUGCUUCUACGUGCAGAACAAUCGCUACGAGCAGCUGCCGGCCAACGUCGACGCGAUGCUGCGCGGCAUCCUGAAGGAGCUGGACGCGGCAGACCAGCUGUCGGGGAAGGCGGGACUGGUGGCCGGAUCCAGCCAGGUGGUGAUUGAGAUAGGGCCGCGGUUCAAUUUCUCCACCGCCGCCAGCACGAACAGUGUCAGCAUUUGUCACAACUUGGGGCUGGACUUUAUCGAACGCAUCGAGGUGUCCACCCGCUAUCUGGUCGGGCUGGAUGGAGCGGUCGGUAAGGAUGGGGCGGGUAUCGUUUCCGCGCUGUUGCCCACGCUGCACGAUCCGAUGACGCAGUGCCAGUACACGGAGCGCAACAUCCCGGCGAAGGAUUUCUACGAGAUGGUGUCCCGAUCGAAGGAAGACUGGUACUUCGUGCCCCUGCUGGAGCAGGGUCGUCGUGCGCUGGAGGAGAUUAAUGUGAAAAAUGGGCUCGCGUUUGACGAAUGGGACCUUGAGUACUACACCAACCUGUUCGUGAAGGUGCUGAAGCGCAAUCCUACCAACGUGGAGCUGUUCGACUGUGCGCAGUGCAACAGCGAGCACUCGCGGCACUGGUUCUUCAAGGGCAAGCUUACCGUGGACGGGAAGCCGAAGCAGCAGUCGUUGAUUGAGAUGAUCUGUGACACGCAGCGGCACACCAACCCGAACAAUACGGUCAAGUUCAGCGACAAUAGUAGCGCGAUCCGGGGCUACCAGCAUACGGCCCUCCGGGCGUCCUGCUUCGACGGGCCGGGGAAAUUUGUGCAGCGAUCGGUACAGUCGGAUCUGAUCUUUACGGCCGAGACGCACAACAUGCCGACGGCGGUGUCUCCGUUCAGUGGGGCGACCACUGGCACCGGGGGUCGGUUGCGUGAUGUGCAGAGCAUUGGGCGCGGCGGUUUACCGAUCGCCGGUACGGCCGGGUACUGUGUGGGUAUGCUGAACAUUCCGGGUCACAAGCUGCCGUACGAGAGCGAGCAGGAGUAUCCGGGUUCGUUCGCCCGUCCGCUGAAGGUGCUGAUCGAGGCGAGCGACGGUGCGUCGGACUAUGGCAACAAGUUUGGCGAGCCGGUCAUUUGUGGCUUUGCCAUUUCGUUCGGCACGGUGCAGUCGGACGGACGGCGUAAAGAGUACGUGAAGCCGAUCAUGUUCAGCGGUGGCGUUGGUACGAUGGACUCCGGUCUGGUGGAUAAGAAGGAUCCGAAGCGGGGCAUGCUGUUGGCCAAGAUCGGCGGUCCAGUGUAUCGUAUCGGUGUCGGUGGCGGUGCGGCCAGUUCGGUGGAGGUGCAGGGCGACAGCACGAACAGCGAGCUCGACUUUAACGCCGUCCAGCGCGGUGACGCGGAGAUGGAGAACAAGCUGAACCGCGUAGUGCGCGCCUGCAUCGAGAUGGGCGACCGCAACCCGAUUCUGGCCAUCCACGACCAGGGCGCCGGGGGUAACUGUAACGUGCUGAAGGAGCUGGUCGAACCGGGCUGUGCCGGUGCGGUCAUUUUCUCCAAAGCGUUCCAGCUCGGCGAUCCGACCAUUUCCACGCUGGAACUGUGGGGCGCCGAGUAUCAGGAAAACAAUGCCGUCCUGCUGGACGCAAGCGAUCGCGACCUGUUGCAGCGGAUCUGCGAUCGCGAGCGGUGUCCGGUUUCGUUCGUCGGACAGGUGACCGGUUCCGGGUACGUCACGCUGCUGGAGCAAGAGUUUGACGCCGGCGCGGACAGGUUUGCCGACCGCAGCAAGUGCGGCAAGGAGCUGGUCCACGUUCCGUUCGACAUGCACCUGGACCACGUGCUGGGCAAGAUGCCGCAGAAGGAGUUUAAGCUGCAGCACAUCGGCGAGCGGUUGGACGAGUUCCAGCUAACGGCCAAGGUGAAGCUGCCGGAAGCGCUGAACCUGGUGCUGUCGGCCGCCACCGUCGGCAGCAAGCGCUACCUAACGAACAAGGUGGACCGGUCGGUGACGGGUCUGGUGGCGCAGCAGCAGUGCGUGGGCCCGCUGCACACACCGCUGGCCGACUUCGGGCUGGUGGCGGUGUCGCACUUUGCCCGCGAAGGCGUCGCCACGUCCAUCGGCGCCCAGCCGAUCAAGGGGCUGGUCGAUCCGGCCAAGGCUGCCCGCAUGACGGUGGCGGAAGCGCUCUCGAACCUGGUGUUUGUGGGCAUCAGCGAGCUGGCGGACGUGAAGUGCUCGGGCAACUGGAUGUGGGCGGCCAAGGUGCCUGGCGAAGGGGCCAAGCUGGUCGAUGCGUGCGAGGCGAUGUGCGAGCUGAUGGGCCAGCUGUCGAUCGCGAUCGACGGCGGCAAGGAUUCGCUCUCGAUGGCGGCCCGCGUGAACGGCGAAACGGUCGUCAGCCCGGGCACGCUCGUGGUGUCGACGUACGCGCCCUGCCCGGAUGUGACGGUGAAGGUGACGCCCGACCUGAAGGCGGCUGCCCUAGGCACCGACACGACCCUGCUCUACGUUGCGAUCGAGGGGCAGCGCUUCCGGCUCGGCGGCUCCGUACUGGCCCAGUGCUACGGCCGGCUCGGCGGCGACUGUCCGGAUGUGGGCAACGCGCAGUGCUUGAAGAGCGCGUUCAACGUCACGCAGCAGCUGCUGCGACAGGGCAUGCUGCUGUCCGGGCACGACUGCAGCGAUGGUGGCCUCAUUACGGCGGUGCUCGAGAUGGCGUUUGCCGGGCUGACGGCGGUCGAGAUCAAUCUGGAGCAGCUGCUGGCAUCGAGCGGCGGUGCCUGCAGCCAGGAGGAAGCAGCCAUCCGUGCCCUGUUCGCGGAGGAAUGCGGCUGGGUGCUGGAGGUGCAGCAGGCGAACGUGGCCGCCGUGACGGACGCAUUCCGCAAAGCUGCCGUGCCGUGCUUCACCGUCGGUCGCGGUGUGGCCGUGGCCGAUCUGCAUUCGCGACAGUCCGUGUCGGUGCGAGUCGGCGCGAAGGUGGUGCUGCUGCAGGACAGCCUGUUCAAUCUGUUCAAUCGCUGGGAAUCGACCAGCUUCGAGAUUGAAAAGCUGCAGAAAGCAAAGGCAAGCGCAAUCGAGGAGUACACGGGCAUGGAGCGGCGCACCGGGCCGCACUAUACGGUCAGCUUCAAUCCGGACGCGGUGUACGCGGACCUGAAGCUCGGGCCGGCCGGGCCGCAGGUGGCGCUGAUUCGGGAGGAGGGCACCAACGGCGAUCGGGAGAUGGCGGCCGCACUGUUCAGUGCCGGCUUCGAGGUGCACGACGUGGUCAUGAACGAUCUGCUGCAGGGCCGCACAACGCUCGAUCGCUACCGUGGCAUCGUGUUUCCGGGUGGAUUCAGUUACGCAGACACGCUCGGUUCGGCCAAGGGCUGGGCGGCCUGCAUCCAGUACAACGGUACGAUCGCACCACAGUUCGAGCACUUCCGGCAGCGCGAGGACACGUUCUCGCUCGGUGUCUGCAACGGCUGCCAGCUGAUGGGACUGAUCGGAUGGGUCGAGACGGGGCUGGCACCGACGGCCGCCGCGCCAACCGUGCCGGAGGUAGUGCUGGUCGGCAAUCGGUCGGAGAAGUUCGAAAGUCGCUGGGUGACGCUGCGUGUUCCGGCGAGCCGGUCGAUCAUGCUACGCCGUCUGGCGGGCAGUGUGCUCGGCUGUUGGGUGGCACACGGUGAGGGUCGGUUCUCGUUCCGUACCGAUGCGAGCCGCGACCGGCUGCUGAUGAGCCAGUGCGUUACGAUGCAGUACGUGGACGAUGCGAGCAAUCCGACCGAGCAGUACCCGAUGAACCCGAACGGCAGCCCGCUGGGCAUUGCGGGCGUUUGCUCGCCGGACGGGCGCCACCUGGCCAUCAUGCCCCACCCGGAGCGUUGCGUGCAGAUGUGGCAGUGGCCGUACGUAACCGCCGAUUUCCCGUGCAAAAACGCCGCCCCCUGGAUGUCGAUGUUCCAGGAGGCGUACCUGUGGUGCAAUGGGCAGCAACAGUAAAGCAAUACUCUUCCAUACACCCGAAAAGAACAUUCCCCAACUGGCACGGAGCACAAGGUGUAGUGGCAGCACUAAUCCUUUGCUUUCACCUUUCGAUCCGAUCAUCUCUGUUGCCUUUUGCAAAUUUAAUUGAAGUGCUUUGCUGAUAAAGCUAAAAGCUUCCCCACGCCGUUUUAUUCCCCGCGCGCAACCACUGGCCCUUGGGGUGGCAGUGUCUUAUAGUUUAAGUAUCCAGCUCCGCAUGUAACGGUAGCAGCUCGUAGCAUAAGAUCCGCCAAGCCAUUGAAAUAAACGGCUUCAAGUUAAUCACAA